AUGUUUCUCAAGUCUUUAACUUUAUUUUUCAUCAUCGGUGCGACUUUUGGCUUUGAAAUUCCCGAAAGUAUUCAAAGUGGCUUAGAAAAAGUGCAUCGAGAUUGCAUGGAAAAAACUCAAGCCACGCUUGAUCAUAUCCACAAGUGCUCGGAUAAGGCAAUUCCCGAUGAUCCUGAUGCCAAGUGCUAUUUGGCGUGCUUCCACGAUCAGCUGGCAUUCGAUUUGAAGAACAGAAUUUUCCAAAUUCAAAAUGUAGAUCAUCCGAUGAACGACGAUGUGCAUGGAUUGUUAGAUCAUGUCAGCAAAGAAUGUGAUGGAGCGUAUUUUGUCUAA